UAUUUGAACCGACACUUUGGUUUGACCAAUCAACAGUCAGCUCUCUUUAAUGGUAGCCAAUCAGAUGCGCCGUUCCAACAGUAGCCAGUGCGACGUCAAGUUCGCGGGAGAAGAAGCAUGUACAGUAGCUGUAGAAAAGUCAUACUCGCUAUUAAUAACUGCAGUAAUUUGUUAUGGCUGAUAUUUUAGGAGUCGUUUUCAGACGGUUCGCCUCAGGAAAUGUCACGAGUGAUGUAAUGUUUCCCUCUCACGUCGAAGGAAACACACUGCUGCUGCUCGGGGAUGUAAAUAUCAGUAGAUCUGUGUUAUUUCUAGCAGCUGUAACAGCUGCCACAGAUCUGGGGCUCAAAGUGCUGUUUUUCACACAGACCCCUUUUCAAUCUCUACCGGUUUCUUUGAGGGCUUCAAUACCUGGAUUAAAACUAGAGAGUCUGAAGAAUGUCAAGUUUGUGUAUGUGAAGACUUUGGAGGAUCUUCUUGAAGAUAUAACAUCCCUUCACGAGCUGGCAUCCGAGGCCACGUCUCCUUCAUCACUGAUUAUCGUGGACAGUCUGGAUCAUUAUUUGCACGGGUCUCGAGUUGGACCCCUACAGGACGACCUGAGCCCUGUGGCCCAUGUAGCGGCCCUCCUGCACGACACCGCUGCUUUCCUCACCCAGAUCCUGCAGAGCAGAGCAGACGGCCAGGGCCUGUGCAGGGUCAUGGUCUCCUUUCAGUCUGAACGUGAAGGCAGUCGGGACAGUGAAGUGCUGGCACCUGAGCUUCUCCUCUCUGUGCUGGACCGUUACCUGCGGGUGAGGUGCACGUUAGAGGAAGUGAAGCGUGACGGGGAGGCGGGGCAGAACGAGUGGCAGGUGUAUCUGUCAGUCGGGUGUCCUUCGCAGGUACAGCAGUGGCACAUGGUGCUGCAGACAGGAGGUGCUCUGGAGUUCAGCCCAGUCAUCGGUGGAGAACAGCAGAUUCUGGACCAGCCAGAUGAAAGCAAACAGGAAAAUGAGAGAUGUGGAGACGGCUAAUAAACAGUCUUAUUCCAAUACAACCUAUUAUUGUUUCUCAGUUCGACAAGCCAUAUUUGAUCAAUAGGAAUGUUCGUGUUUACUUGUGAUGUUGACAAAGGAAUGUAAACUUUUCUUGACAAAAUACAGAUAGAUGAUCAAUUCAUACUUGCAGAAUUUAUAUACCGCAGCAUUGACAAACUACAUAAUGUUUAAAGUUUGCAUAUGUAAGUAUGAAACAAAUGUCAGCAUAUUUGUUGCACGUCUACUUUACAUUUUAUUCACGGACUGUUAUUUGUAUACUUUUGAUUGUUGCAUUUAAUAAAAACCCUUGCAUUAACUUAA